AUGAAAGAGAAAUAUGAGGAUGAAUUGGCGAGGUAACAAAACAUUUGUCCUUACACAUUUUCUGUUGAGCAUUUUGUUUAACGAAAGAAUCGGUAAUCUGUUGCACGCCCCUCAUGGAAAUCAGAAUUUUUUUGUUGGAGCAGCGUAUUAAAGUAAAAUGUUUAUGUAUGUAUGCGUGUAUAUGUGUAUAUAUGUAUCGGUUUCUAAUAUCAUUAUACAAAAUGGAGCAGGAGCACGCUACCCGACAAAAUCUGGCGCUGUUGGCUUUUGCCUACACCCCAUGCAAAAACUGUGUUUCAUGGAGGGGGGAAAGCCAGUGGCGCCAAAAUUGUAUGGGUUGUGUGUCUGGGGGCAUGUAGAAUUUUCUUAGGAUUAAGUUUUUCGUCAGGGAAGUUACCAACAGCUAGUUGUAGAAAUUUUUGCACACCCCGUCACGUGUUAAAUAUUAGUUAUAUGUCUUGUGCUUUUGUUAGGGUAGAACCUACACGUAGAUUUGUAUUACUUUUUAGUGUGUCCUUUAAAAGUCUUAGUAAGUGACUUUUCAGUCAGUAAACUGAUUUAAAUUAGUCCAAUCUGGAUUUUUGCAGCUUACCUUGGGUGCAAGAUUUCUACAUUGGUGUCGCGAGCGAACCAGAAAAAUCAUGGCAAGUAUACAUAACCUGCGCUCACAACAAAGUACCAUCUAUGGCCGAUCUGAAGAAAAUAUUUGGCGUGGACAUUUCCUACUAUGUUGAUUUUAUCCAAGAAAGCAUCGAUGAGGAUAGUAAACGUAGCAAGGAAUCGCUACCUUGCCCUUCUUAUUUGCGAGAACCUAUUUCAGGAGAUGAGCUUUGUGUGCAAGAAGUGAAGAAGGUAAAGGUGGAUAUGGAGCAGUCGGCAUCCUAACUUGUGAUAAUGAAAAGCACUACGCAAGCACCUGCUAUCAUGUAUGUUUUAAGAACGAUUUACCUAAAAAUGACAUUAAAGAAGGUCACAAAAUACUCAUGCUUUUUAUUUAUUUAUUUAUUUAGCUUUGCCAACUAGGGCAGGGUUACCACAACAGCAUAUGCCAAUUACUGUGGGCCCUUUUUACCUAACCCACCCUGUCAACUUUCCCUGUGAGAGGAAACCGGAGUACCCGGGGAAAACCCACGGCUUUCGGCAGAGCGUUGACUUUUACUCUUUUCACAUGAGGACUGGGUUCGAGUCGCACUGAGAAGGUACUUAGUGAGUUUCGAACCUGCAGCCUCAGAGGUGAAAGGCAAGUGCGCUAACCACUGCGCGAACGAAUCCAAAGGUUGUCAAGGUGCCACAUGCGUGUUCACAACAGACCAACAUAUAAGGGAACUCGGUCAGUUUUGCUAUGGCUUAUACAAUGACAACCACGAUAUUGCCCUUAUCGGACUGGACCCAAGUAUAAAUUGCUCCGACAUGGUUAAAUUCCUUGGUAAGAAAAGCAUUAGACCAGCUCUGGCUAGUAAAAAGGAAGUCAAAGAGAAGCUCUUUGAUAAGAGUGAGUUGCCUACAGAAAUAAUCCGCCCAGAAAAAAUAAGAGGAAUACUUUUUGCAGCAACCGGUGUAGAUGUGAAACGUUGUCCAAGAUACAAACGUUGCUACAGAAUCAAGAUACCAGAUUUCUUUAGUGUAUCUGUUACAUGA